GUUGUCAUGUGUCUUGCUCUGUGGCAGGCAGUCAGCUGACAAAUCCGGCUCCUGUGUGAUGUUUACUUUCUGUUUUCAGCGCGUUUAUCUGCGUUUUUUCUGAAUGAAUGCGGCGCUAUGCUUCGCCCAGGAGGACCAUGGUAGUCGUGAACUCGGUGUUGAAGCUGGUGCAGAGGCAGACGUACACCUGUCUGUCCCACCGAUACGGGCUGUACCUCUGCUUCGGGGGGAUCGUGCUCAUGAUUGUUUCCGCCUUUCAGUUUGGGGAGGUGGUGGUGGAGUGGAGUAGGGACCAGUAUCAUGUGCUGUUUGACUCCUACAGAGACAACGUGGGUGGGAAAUCAUUCCAAAGCAGGCUUUGUCUGCCCAUGCCUAUUGAUGUGGUGUACACAUGGGUGAAUGGCACAGACAUGGCGCUGCUGAGGGAAUUGAAGGCAGUCAAAGAGCAACUGGAGGAAGAACAAAAAGCUCAGAGGGAACGCCUGGGGAGAAACACAAGCGAGACAACUGAAGUGCCAAAAGACAGUGUUAAGCCUGAAUGCCUGCUGUCCCAUUGCAUCAUCGCGCCCAUGCUGGCCCUGGAUCCCGCUCUGCCGGCCAACAUUACGCUCAAAGAGCUGCCAUCCCUCUCUCCCUCCUUCUCCGCUGCCAAAGAGCUGCUGCUCAUGAACAAACCCUUCCACCAGCCUACCAGCUUCUCCUUGGUCGUCUUUAACUCGCAAGCUGAAGCCAUUAAAGCGUAUACAGAUGUGUCUAAAGAAGAUCAGAAAUUCUCUGUGUCCAGAUGUUACCUGACAACGGAUAAAGAGGCUCCGGGUCUGACCCGCAUGCAGACUCUGGCGUAUCUGAGCGGCUUCCCUGCGUCCUUCAAGGAGACGGAGAGGUUGCGAGCCAAACUUCCAUCUGUCAUAACCAGCAAAAUCAAACAGUUUGAGUUGUACUCAGAAGCCAGCAUCGCCCUGCUCCACCUCAACACGCAACAGGAUUUCACUGACUUGACUCAGCAGGCCAAGAAGAACCUGACACUGGAUGGGAAAGAGUUAACCAUCAGUCCUGCAUACUUGUUCUGGGACCUCACUGCUAUUUCACAGUCUAAACAGGAUGAAGAUGUAUCAGCCAGUCGAUUCGAGGACAACGAGGAGCUUCGUUAUUCGCUGCGCUCUAUUGAGAGACACGCCCCCUGGGUGCGACACAUCUUCAUCGUCACCAAUGGGCAAAUUCCCUCCUGGCUCAACUUGGAUAACCCCAGAGUUUCAGUUAUUACACAUCAGGAUAUCUUCUCGAACCACAGCCACCUUCCCACUUUCAGCUCACCUGCUAUAGAGACCCACAUCCAUCGUAUUCCUGGGCUCUCCCAGAAAUUUAUUUACCUCAAUGAUGAUGUGAUGUUUGGCAAAGAUGUGUGGCCUGAUGACUUCUACAGCCACUCAAAAGGACAGAAGGUAUACCUCACCUGGCCGGUUCCUAACUGUGCAGAAGGCUGCCCAGGAUCCUGGAUCAAAGAUGGGUACUGUGACAAGGCCUGCAACAACUCAGCUUGUGACUGGGAUGGAGGAGACUGCCUGGGUGCAGCAGGGAGCAGUCGAUUCCCUGGUGGGGUCGGUCCCGGUGGGGCUGGAGGGGCCGGGGGACAGGUGUGGCAGUUUGCAGGUGGUCUAGGAGGCAUAGCGGGGACAUCCUACUGCAAUCAAGGCUGUGCCAACUCCUGGCUGGCUGACAAGUUCUGUGACCAGGCCUGUAAUGUACUUUCCUGUGGCUUUGAUGUGGGAGACUGUGGCCAAGAACACUUUAACGAGCUGCAUCAUGUGACCCUACUGAGGAACCAGAGCCACUACACGCUCCCUGUGGGUGAAGUCAGGCCGUAUUUCAGCUUUGAGAAACUCGCUCGCAGAGUCUCCGAAGCCCACAUCAGCGAGAACCCCGUGGUCCGUCACACCUCUGUCGCAAACAAGUGGAAGACCAUUCACCUGCUGCUCCACCCUGGUUACAACGCGACCCAGAUCCACUACAACCUCACUUUUCAGAGAGACGACGACACAGAGUUUGCUAUGAGCUUCAGUGUGGCUGUCGACACCCGUGAGGUUUCUCAAACUAACGCGUCCCCGACUUCAAGCAAAGAUGCAGGAAAAGAACCGAACGCGACUCCGACCCCGGACCCAGUGUUCCCUUUCUCUGAUAUUCCUGAAAACAAACGAGGGCCUAAGCUCAAGAAAGGGCAGCCUGGAGAUCCUCAGACUAUCAUAGAGGUUCCUUCUUUAAAUGUGUCACUUUUACCAGCUGCUGUGCGCAAAGAGCUUCAAAAGCUGGAGGAAAAGCUUCUGAUCGGUGACAUUACUAUGAAGGGUUACAAUCUCACAAAAGCUGAACUUUUAAAGCCUUACAAGAACCUGGCGGAAAAGCAUUUGAUCCCUGAUUCACAGCUAGGCAAAGAUGAUGCGAGCAGAGUCCAGAAGAAGUCCUAUAAAGACUUGGACGGAGAGGAUUUGAAAGGAAAAGAUGAAACUGGAAAUAAAGAAGAAAUGUCUAAGAAAGAUGUUGCCGUGAAAGACAAACCCGUUACUCCUCUCGUACCAGUCCACAUUGAUGAUAAACUUCUGAAAGAUUUGAUAACUGAAAGACCUUUCUCUCUGAAAACUGCGAUUGAGAGGCCCCUGACAUCAAAGCUUUUAAACAGACUUUCCCUCCAAAAAAGUGCGGAGAGUCAGGCUGAGCCGGAUAAUGCUGCUGCAGUGGGGAGAAGGCUCCAGCACUUCAUCUCCUCAGACCGAGGCUUCCUGCCGUGGGAGAGGAGAAAGUAUUUCCAAGCUUUACUUGAGGAAGAGGAGCGUCUUGAGAGCGAAAUGGCGUAUGAGACCGAUGGCACCGCUACCAGGCGAAAGCUUCAGGACACUUUUGCUGACUCGUUGCGCUACGUCAACAAGCUGCUCAACGGCCAGUUUGGCUUCACGUCUCGCAAAGUCCCCGCACACAUGCCGCACAUGAUCGAUCGUCUCAUCAUGCAGGAGCUGCAGGACACAUUCCCGCAAGAGUUUGACAAAACAUCGGGCCACCGUGUUCGUCACUCUGAGGACAUGCAGUUUGCCUUUUCAUACUUUUACUUCCUGAUGAGCGCUCAGGAUCAGCUCAACGUGUCCGAAGUGUUUGAUGACAUCGACACCGAUCAUUCGGGUAUCUUGUCUGAUCGUGAGAUUCGAACUCUCGCUACAAGGAUCCACGAGCUUCCACUAAGCCUCCAAGACCUGACAGGUUUGGAGCAGAUGCUGAUAAACUGCUCUAAGACACUCCCAACUAACCUGACCCAGCUUCACCUGGUCAACCCCACUCAAGAAGCCUACUAUGAUCCUAGCAUGCCUCCUGUCACAAAAGGCCUCAUCCUCCACUGCAAGCCAAUCGCAGAACGUAUUCACAAAGCCUUCAGAGACCAGAAUAAAUACAAGUUUGAGAUCAUGGGGGAGGAGGAGAUAGCUUUCAAGAUGGUGCGGACCAAUGUGUCCCACGUGGUCGGCCAGUUAGAUGACAUUAGGAAAAAUCCCAGGAAGUUCAUCUGUCUGAAUGAUAACAUCGACCACAGUCAUAAGGACGCUGCCACAGUGAAAGCUGUGCUGAGAGAUUUCUACGAAUCAAUGUUCCCGCUGCCGUCCCAGUUUGAACUGCCCAGAGAGUACCGCAACAGGUUCCUGCAUAUGGAAGAACUCCAGGAAUGGCGGGUGUAUCGGGACAAGUUGAAGUUCUGGACCCACUGUGUCCUCGUGACCCUCGUCAUCUUCACUGUCAUAUCCUUCUUCGCCGAACAGCUCAUCCUGCUGAAGCGAAAGCUGUUCCCCAGACGCAGGAUGAACCGGGAAAGCAACCCGGAGCGGGUGUGAAAGCGGAAGACUUCCCUCUCUUCAUUUUAUUGAACAACAGCCUUGGCGCCUCCUCUCCACCUCCACAGUGAGCACAGGAGAAGGAUGCAAGCCAGCUGGAAAAAGCAAUCCAAGAUCCUCGGCGCAGAAUUACAUCACCGUGGAUUUGAGGAGAGACUCGUGUGAAAUGUUAAUGAAACAUUUUUCAGAAGAUGAUAGACAGGGCUGGCCGGUGAGGAGAAUAGCAGCCAGACAGGAGGUGCUCAUAAAUCUUCUUCUCUUCCACUGGAGGCACCCGAGACUUUUUACACACCACGAACAAGCAAAACUCCUUCCACCCUGCACCACCCUCCUCACGUCCUGCCCUCAGCAUGCCACUGAUUAGUAUUCUGUUAAAGUGGGAAACACUUGAUAUCAGCAUGUCAGUGUCUGUCGAGACAAAUUUAAAGGUUUUUUUGUUUGUUUGUUUGGUUGGUUAGUCAGUUAAAUCUGGUGGUAAAAGUCUCUUUACUGUUUUUUAAUCUGUUUUAUAUCACUGUAAGUUUUUGGAGGGUUUUGUUUGUGUUUGAGGAUGCUGCCUUUGCUGCUGGGAUGCUGACAGACUCAUAGAGUCAAAUGAUAAUCAACACAGUCAUUACUUCUAGUUCUUUUGUGUUUAUGUUAUAGCUAAUUUUAAAAAGAUUGAGGAUCAAAUUUAUACAUAUAGGACAAAUAGGAAUAGGUGAUUAAAGUGUUGGACGCCAUAGCUUCGUCUGCCAUAUUUGAAACAAGAAAACUUCUAGUGCCUUCGUUGUUCAUUCCUGCUUGUUUAAAUGUUUUUGUUAAUCUCCCUUUGGGAUUUUAAAAGGUCUUCUUGUAAAUGCUAAUGAUAUCUUACUCUAAUCUUGUGGUUUACAGUAAGAAUGAAUGGGAUGCAGGAUAAUAUGAAUAUAAUUCUCUGCGUGGUAACAAAUGUAAGUGAUUGGUGGAGCUAUAUUAGAAGUAAUACUACAGCUUUCAAAGCUGCCUGUACGUGUGUCCCUGUGGGACUCAGCAGGCUCACUGCUGUCUGAAAUUCAGACCUCCUCAGCAUGUUCUCUAACUUAUUUUGAUUGUAUUGUUGUGACAGUGAGCCCCGUGACUGACACAGCCGAUUUGAGUUCUAGAAUGUAAACGAUACGCAAGUGUUUUCCUCUGAACGCCAGUUUUAUAGUGUUUCUUAUUAUAGUGACAAAAAUGGAAAUGAGCACUAGCAGCUGUCAGCAUUUUGCCACUGUGCUCUGGGUUCAUAGGAUGUGUGUCAGCAGAUGAGACGCUGAGAGCCAUAUUUGGAAGAUGAAUUUACUCUAAUUGCACCAGUUUCGUUGGUUUAACAGAAAUAAAUGUGAUUUGGUUCGGUCA